AUGUUCAGACUCUUUGGUCUUCUCAUUUUCAUUAACACUGCACUGACUGCAGAUGUUGUUCAGCCCAGUCACCUGAUGAGGGUUCAGCUUGGAGACAGUGUGACCCUGACAUGCUUCUGUCCAGAAGAUGUUUCUUAUGUUGCUUGGUUCAAACAAGCUGCUGGUCAGAAGCCCCAGCCCAUGGCGAAAGCACUUCUCUAUGUACCUGGUGAAUUUUACAAGGAAUAUAAAAACAUAAAACGUUACUCCUUACUGAAUGCAGAGGGGAGUUUUAACCUCACUAUUUCUAACGUGGAGCCGUCAGAUUCUGCAGUGUAUUAUUGUGCUGCUGUGUUUCUUCAUGAGGUCACCUUUGGGAAUGGAACCUUUGUCAUAAUCACAGGUAAAGACUCCAACAGCAGGACAGUGGUACAGCAGCCUGUGUCUGACACAUUGCAGCCAGGAGACUCUGUGAGCCUGCAGUGUACGAUAGAGACUGGGAGCUGUGCAGGAGAACACAGUGUUUACUGGUUCAGACAUGGAUCAGAAGAAUCCCUUCCUGGAGUCAUUUACAGCCACGGAAACAGCAGUGAUGAGUGUGAGAAGAGCCCUGAGGCUGGAUCUCCUACACGGAGCUGCGUCUACAGCCUCCCCAAGGGGAACCUCAGCCUCUCCGAUGCUGGGACUUACUACUGCGCCGUGGCCAUGUGUGGGGAGAUGCUGUUUGGGAACGGCACACAGCUGGAUAUAGAUGGCUUUCAGAAGCUGCUGGAUCCUCUUCACUCUGGCUUGCUGAUAGUUUUAUCUUGCAGCAUUAUUCUGAACGUUGCUUUCAUUUGUAUAAGAUGUAAACUGACCUGUACACACUGUGUAGUGCCAUGACGAGGACACACUGAAUUACGCUGCCCUGAACCUUAAAAAGCCAAAACCCAGGAGACAGAAGAAAGACGCGAAUAAUGACACUCUGUAUUCUGACCUCCGCUACAGAGAUUAUGAAUAAAGAUGCUUCUCAUUCAUGUCAGUCACACAGAGUGUUCAAGGUGUAGCUUUAAUAAUGUUCAGAAGGAGGGCAGGGGAGCCAGUGCUUCUGAGACUGAAUCACAGGAUUUUACGGAGUUUGGUGUCAGUGUGUUUGGGGCGCAUUUUUACUGG